GGGUCACUUCCGGUAGAAGAGGGCGCUCUCACCCAAAACAGACACGUACACUUUCGAGAUGGCGGUUGAGGUUGGAAAAGCAAGACGACGAUGUCUCCUUCUAGCGUGUGCUACUUUUGCUUUCGCAGUAUCUGUCUUACCAUCCGUUUUGGAUGCUCAUGGUCAUACUCACGAUCAUCAUGGUCAUUCGCACGAUGAGCCAGCUUCGUUUAAGUAUAGUCGUCAAGCCAACGAAGCAAAGGCACACGUAGCAGAUGAUGCGCACGCUCACGAUCAUGGGCAUGGUCAUGCUCAUAGCGGCCAUUCGCAUGAUCACCUUGGCGAUUCGAUUGAAGCCAACAAACCAAAGGCAGAUGAUGCGCACGCUCAUAAUGGCCAUUUGCACGAUCACCAUGGCCAUUCCCACGAUCAUCAUGGCCAUUCGCACGAUCAUCAUGGGCACUCGCACGGUGUACCUUCAAAGAAGCAAAAACCUCCGGUAGACGAACAUGGCCAUGCGCACAGCCACGGACAUACGCACAGUCAUGGGCACGCUCAUGAAGAUACACAACGAAUCAUAGAAAAAUUUGAGCAGGGGUCAAGUCGUGCAACAGUCGAAGGACGGGAUCCAGGAUGGAUGAUUUGGCUCAAAGCUAUGGGCGCGACAGCCUUCAUCAGCGUGUCACCAGUUUUUAUUCUUCUCUUCAUUCCUUUGGAGAACGCCGAUGAACACAGAGACUUGCUAAAGGUACUGCUUAGUUUUGCAUCAGGAGGACUGCUUGGUGAUGCUUUUCUGCAUCUUAUCCCUCAUUCUGUCUCUCCACACAACCAUGGUGAAGAUGGUGGCCAUGAACAUUCCCAUGGGCACUCCCACAAAGAGCAUCAUGAGCACGGCCAUUCACAUGAGCACCAUGCUCAUGACAUGGGUGUUGGAUUAUGGGUGCUAGGUGGCAUUGUAGCUUUCCUUAUUGUAGAGAAGUUUGUCCGGUUUGUCAAAGAAGGAAGUGGAGAGCAUGGUCACUCUCAUUCAGCUCCUAAAGCAAAAGAGACUGUAGAUGCUGAUAAAAAGAAAGAACAGGGGGAUAAACAAGAAGCACUUCCCAAGGAGAAAGAAAAGAAACAAGGUGAUGGUAAGAAAGUCAAGGCCAAAGAUAGCGAUGAAGAAAUUGAAGACAAAGAUGACAACAGCACAGGUGACAAAGCAGCAGAUGGGGAAGAUAAUCAGAACAGCGGAAAAGAACAGAAACAAACUGAAAAAGAAUGUGAUGCUGAACAUAAACAUGGAUCAGACAUCAAAGUAGCUGGUUACUUGAACCUAGCAGCAGAUUUUGCUCAUAAUUUCACUGAUGGUCUAGCCAUCGGUGCAUCAUUCCUUGGUGGCAACACACUUGGAAUCAUCACAACCAUUACCAUUUUCUUACAUGAGAUUCCUCAUGAGAUUGGGGACUUUGCCAUCUUGGUUCAAUCAGGGUGCACAAAGAAAAAGGCUAUGAUGCUGCAGUUUUCAACUGCAAUUGGGGCCAUGCUAGGGACCUUUUGCAGUCUUCUGGCAGGUGGUGUUGGUGUUGCAGCAACUGCUUGGAUUUUGCCUUUCACUGCUGGUGGCUUCAUCUACAUUGCCACAGUAUCAGUUAUACCUGAGCUACUGGAGGAGGCAAAAAUUUCACAGUCUGUUAAAGAAAUUGUUGCCUUACUGGUUGGAGUGUACAUGAUGGUGCUAAUAGCCCAGUAUGAAUGAACGUAGUGGACAGACACAUCGGAAACAAGGGAUUCAGACUCGCGAUAGAGAUUGUGUGAUGUCAUUUAUAUUAUCUGUGUCCAACCCUUCAGUUUUUGUUCAUCUUUGUCAACAGAAGUGUUCUUGUUAUAUAUGUCAAUGGAGCACUCUGCAGACAUUAGCAUUUAUUUUGUUGUUCAAAUUUCAGGACUAAUUCUACAAGGUGUAAUUUUAUGGAAAGAAAGCUUAAGAAAGCAUGUAACUAAAUACUGUGAAAUGCUUAUCACAAUUAUAAUGAUAAUAAAGAGAAUCUCAAUUCUCACAAUUUCGCAUUCCCUUCCAGUUCCUCUUUACAGGCUGCAGGUUAGCUGAUGCACAUAUUUCUAGUCCUUUAAAGUUGUUUUUUUUUUUUUUAAUGUUUUAGAGCAGUGAUGCCUAACCUUUUUCGGCCUGCGGGCCAUACACAUUUCCGACAUGCGUGUCACGGGCCGCUUCACCGUAAAAAUACAAAAAAGAAAAAAAAAAUAGAGCAGAUACCAUUUUUGUUAGAAACAAGUUGUUCUUACCAUUAAUUAUGUAGUAAUUAGUGGCAUAUUUGAAGUUGUUUGCCCGAAACCAACUUCUGAAUGUCCGACUGCAUCGUAGAGAAACCAAGUCGGUGCACUGAAUCGAAAUGUUCGUCUAUCGAAAAAAAGAUUGAGAGACGCCCCUACGUAGGGAUAAAUACUUCUUCUUCCCUUUUUUUUCGUUUUUUUCGGUCUUUUUUUUUUUAUUACUAACAUGCCCAUUUCAUGCACUGUGGGCAGAAGUUUCGCGGGCCGGAUAUGGCCCGCGGGCCGUAGGUUGGGCAUCCCUGUUUUAGAGCAAUGCCAAACAUUGUAAAUGAAGACUGAUUCAAAAGUAAACCAAUUUGAUUUUUUUCAGUGGUCCUUAAUAUCAAAUGUCAAGUUAAUAUUUUAGAGUACCCAUUUAGAAAUUUUAACUCAUUCAGGAUGCCAGGUUGUGCAUAUUUUUAAUGUUCACAAUGGUGACCUGUCUUGAUUGAAUUAAUACUUAUGAUAAAUACCGUAGUAUUUAAUUAGAGUACAUUUUGUCAGAAAACAUUUUUCAAACACUACUUAUCUCAGAUGUAACCACAAACUUUCCUUUCCCUCACACACAUUUUAAAUGUGGUUGAAACAAACUGACUUUACCUUUCAGAAUUCUAAACUUUGCAAUAUUCUCCUUUUAAAAAAAUUAUUUGUUACUGCAUUUAAAUGCAUUGCACAUGCUAUACACUUUAUGUUAACACAACUAGAGAAUAGCUCGGGGUUGAAAGUUUAUACUUCAGUCAAUGGUCUGAAAUUUUAACAUGCAAGCACACAUGAUAUGUUUCUUUGUUACCCAGUUGUGGUGUUCAAAUAUUGCCCUGCUUCAUGUAUUAACCAAGUGCCCUAAUGUACUUGUAAUUGAUACUGUUUGCUGUUGUUCCUCUAAUUUAAUAUGAAUUAUGAUAAAAGAAGAAAAGAGAAAGAAUGAAAAAUUGGAAACAGGAUGGUAAUAAGAGGGAAAAAAACCCUUAAAAAUGAUCGUAGAGUUCAAAUAAUAUUUCUAUUAAAGAUUUUGUAUGCUGCACAAGAACCACAAGUUUGCAAACCAUUUCCUCUGGAUACAAAGCAGCACUUUGUCUUGGCAGAUUUUGUUCUGCACACUAUGCUUAAUAAACUUGUGAUUCAUAUAGCAUAGCCCCCCAGCGCUUGAGACUAGAAGACAUGGACAGCAUAUGAAAGACCGGAGAAACAACCAUGCAGACAAGCAAUAAAAGAUGCAAAGAUGAAUCAGGGAACAAUCACUAAGGAUGGAAAAUGUCAAAUAUGAAGAGCAGUAUAGAGUAAUAUAGAUAUAGAGGAAGAGCAGUCAAUAGCCUAUAAUUACUAGUAUUGACAAUUGAUCAACAAAUGAAAGAAGUGAAAGAAAGGGUUAGAAAAUGGACUUGCAUCUUGUUGAUUGAUGUAAAUAGUGGUGCUCUGGAUCUCAGAAUCAGUAGUGGUACUGGUACCUGUUCACAUUUUGCUAAUGGCACAUGGUGGUCUGGCUCAUAGAAGAACUUGUACCAGAGUGAAAAAAUGGAAUAUGUGGGUUUCCAAAAUUCAUUCACAUUUUAAUUACAACCAGCUCAGCCAUCUUUGAUCCAGAGAUGCAAAAUCACAUACCUAAAACUAGACAGAUUCUUUUAUUACCAUUUUAUUAGUAAGCUAAAAGUAGUGCCCACCAAAUUUUGUUGUAUAAUGAAAGAUGAGAGUAGUUUUCAAAGAUUCUUUGAGGGGAACUUAAACAUUAUGUGUAAAAGCCAUUCAAGUAUGAUGAUCAUCUUGAAAAAUGUAUGGAUGUGCAUAUAAACUGGUAUGAAGUGCUAUUCUGGUAGUACAGAAAGUUUGUAGUGAGGGAAAACAGUGUCUUUUAAGCUUAAUUAAAGAGUUCUUGAUGUGUUCAUAAUGUAAUUGCAACCAUCAAUCAGUUCAAACUUUCUUACCAAGUGAACAUAGUUUAUUGAUAAUAGCCAUUUAUGUGAAAAGAUUUGAGCUUAUGGCUCAUAAGAGGAUAAAUGUUUAGGAUUGUGUGCACCGAGUUGUGGGUGAGACACAUUCGGACAAAUUAAAUAUAAAAAUUUAUGCUCUGCCAUGUUUGCCACUAUAUGCUGUGUAUUAUAUGCUCUGUUGUACGUUAAACUGUUUGCAGUCUUGCAAGCAUGCAGAAUAAGCUCACCUCCACAUAGGGAAAUAUACUAUUAUAAAUUCAUUUAUUUUUAUUACUGUUACUUUAUUUAUUACUGUAUCUGGGUCAGGGAAUGUGUAAACCACUAAAAGUUAUCACAGAAUGAGAGAGACCUCUAAAAUGCUAUGAUUAUCCAGAUGUCACAACUUUGUUAUAACAUUCACAAGAUCACAUUUGAAAAUGCUUCAGCAAAAUACUUGUUAUUCUUUAAAGGCAUUUUAAGCACACAAGUCACAAACAGCCAAAUACUUCAGUAUAACUCAUUAAUCAAGAUAGUAUUCACUUUAUGCAAUAAAUAUUUUGGAAAGCUU